UAUAUACUUGCAUCUAAUGCUCAUAUUAAAAUACUUAACAAUAUCUAGGUUACUGUUUUGCAUAUUUAAUUACUUUCAAAAUUGGGUGUUUUAUAGUAUAAUUAACAGUUUCUAAAUUUCUUUUGUGAGUGAGUGUGACUUGUAGUUUUUGACAGUGCAAAAUGACAUUGUGUGGGGUGAUGGAUUCUUGCUAUAUAUUGUUGUGUUGUAAUGAUUGGAUUUAAGAAUUUAUGGAAUAAGUGCUGCUGGCGAGUUGGCGAAAUGCACACAGCCAGUACGGAGGGACAGUACCGCGGUGCCAAUGGAGCAACCCACGGACGUGACAAGGUUGCCAUACUGGAUGCUGGAUCACAGUAUGGAAAGGUGAUAGACCGAAGGGUACGCGAGCUUUGCGUGGAGUCAGACAUCUUGCCAUUGGACACGCCAGCGUAUCACCUCAAGGAGGCUGGAUACCAAUCCAUUAUCAUAUCAGGCGGCCCCAACUCAGUACAUGCAGAAGACGCGCCUAGAUAUGAUGCUGAUAUAUUUAAGAUUGGUCUCCCUGUACUAGGUAUCUGCUAUGGAAUGCAAAUGUUGAACAAGGAGUUCGGUGGCACAGUGUUGAGGAAGGAUGCUCGCGAGGACGGCCAAUAUGAAAUCGAAGUAGAAACCACGUGCCCAUUAUUUAAUCGUCUAGAAAAGCUACAGCCAGUACUUCUCACACACGGCGACAGCGUACAGAAGGUUGGCGACAGGUUCCGGGUGGGCGCGCAGUCCUCGAAUCACCUCAUCGCUGCCAUAUACAACGAGCAAAUGCGACUGUACGGCGUGCAGUUCCAUCCAGAAGUGGACCUAACCCCGAAAGGCAAACAGAUGCUGUCAAAUUUCCUGUUCGACAUCGCGGGCAUGUCGCGGACGUUCACGCUGCGUUCGCGGCGCGAGGCGUGCGUGCAGUACAUCCGCGACAACGUCGGCGACAACAAAGUGCUUGUGCUGGUAAGCGGUGGCGUCGAUUCAACAGUGUGCGCCGCUUUGCUUCGAACAGCCCUACGCGAAGAUCAAGUCAUCGCUUUGCACAUAGACAAUGGAUUUAUGCGCAAAAAAGAGAGUGCGAAGGUGGAGCGUAGUCUGCGUGAAUUAGGCGUACGUUUGCAUGUAGUUAAUGCAGCGCACCAGUUCAGACAGGGCAGCACGGUGGUCCGGGAGGCGGGCGGUCGGACGCGGCACACGCCGUUGCUGUGCCACGCCACCGCGCCGGAAGACAAGCGACGCAUCAUCGGCGACGUGUUCGUGCGCGUCGCCGAACACACAGUCCAGGAAGUGCUACACUUGCAAGAAGAUCAAGUGCUGCUAGGGCAAGGAACUCUCCGGCCCGAUCUGAUCGAGUCGGCCUCGGCGCUGGCUUCGGGAGCGGCCGCCGCCAUUAAGACGCAUCACAAUGACACCGAGCUUGUGCGUGUGUUGCGGCAACGAGGACGCGUUGUGGAACCGCUGCGGGACUUCCACAAGGACGAGGUCCGUGCGCUAGGCGCGGAGUUAGGCCUUCCGACAGCGUUGGUGGAGAGGCAGCCGUUCCCGGGGCCUGGACUGGCCGUCAGGGUGCUUUGCCAGGAUGAGCCGUAUGCCGACCGGGACUUCGCUGAAACACAGGUCAUAGUGAAAAUAAUGGUGGAAUUCGCGUCGAUGUGCGUCAAGUCACACGCGCUGCUGGGCCGCGUGGCCAACACUACAACGCCCAACGAGCAGAUGGAGCUCAAACGUAUAUCCUCCGCUUCCCCUGUAGCGGCCACCUUGCUGCCGGUGCGCUCCGUUGGUGUACAAGGUGACUGUCGGACGUAUAGCUACGCGGUAGCCCUGUCAACUGAGAGCUACCCGCCUGACUGGAAUGACAUGCACUACCUCGCCAAGAUCAUACCGCGCGUCUGCCACAAUGUGAACAGGGUGUGCUACGCGUUCGGUGGUCUGAUCAAGGAGCAAGUUACAGACAUCACGCCGACUUUCUUGUCGCAGCAGGUCAUAUCGACCAUCCGGCAGGCCGACGAUCUCGCCACACAGGUGCUGGUCUCGAGUGGCUGCGUGUCGCGCGUGGCUCAGAUGCCGGUGGUGCUUCUGCCCGUGCACUUCGACCGCGACGCGGGGCUUCGCGCGCCGUCGUGCCAGCGCUCGCUGGUGCUUCGCCCCUUCGUCACCAACGACUUCAUGACCGGCGUGGCGGCGCUGCCCGGCUCCGACGCCAUGCCGCAGGACGUACUGGACCGCAUGCGCAAGGAGUUGAUGAGCGUGCCCGGCAUCUCCCGCGUGCUCUACGACCUGACAGGCAAGCCGCCCGCCACCACCGAGUGGGAAUGAUGUCCGCCACUUUUGUAUCUUUUGUACUGAACGGACGAGCCGAGGCGGCAGUGGUCCCACACAUUCGUUUCAAUACCAUACAAUAUGUGGACGUAGCAAUGGAUAGCAAUCAUACAGUGGGGCGACGCUGACAUCCACCAAAGAUAUACGAGGAUACGUUGCGAUGGAUGUGUGUCGAAAUUUGAAGCGCAUGAUUUUCGUAGCUUACCCUUUAUUGAAAAUCUAUUCAUAUUUUCUAUUUUUUACAUACAAGAUAUACGAGAGCGGUGUGUAUGACGGUAUAAGAGAGCGUCGAUUUUACUGCCAAAGCACGCCAAUAGAUGUUUCACAUAAAUUUUCAAUAUUAAAUUAGUAAUUUAUACAAAUCCAUUCAUAAGUAGUGAUUGUCGAUUUUUUUAAACAUAAUAUGUAGAUAAAAACGUGUCAUGUCAAGAUUGUUUUGAUAAUUACUUAUGCCAAUAGGAUAUAGGCAUAAGAAGCCUCUCGUAUACCUCUGGUUGUAGGAGGCUUAGUGGGUUUGGUAGUAUUAAUUCUGUGGCUUCUGUCUAAACAUUAAAACAAUAUUGUAUUACAACACUCCUAACAUUGAACAACAAAUUCCUAUUAUGCCUGGGGAAAUUAAUAAAUAAAAUUAUUAAAUAAAUAAACGUAAAUUUUCUUAAAAUUUCUUCAGUGUUGGUUUUUAUGUUUUUUUUUCUAUUAAUAACGACAUAGUAUAGGUUUUGUGUCUCAUUACCACAAUGGCGAUGAAACAGAGUCGGGUGCUUCAAGGACUUCGCCCAACUGUAUGAUUUCUAAACUGUGGACGUAACCAAACACUGCAAACAUGUUAUUAUACAGAUUACACAAAUAUUAAGCAAUAAAAAGUGGCCGAAAGGUUACUUUUUCUGUAUUGUUAACUACAUAGUAGUAAAUCAUGUUUUCUUAUGAUAUCAGUGCCUGCUUAAUCCUCCAAAA